CAGAAAAUUGUCCAAAGCGAAGGGCCUACACGUCCCAUAAAUGGCGCUCCAAGAAAAGAUGAUGACAAUGAAGGUAAAGAUGGUCUUUUCUCUUCUGGAAUUUUUUCAAGUAAACAAAUCAACGCAGUGACUUUUUAGGCGUAACGCGGAAUGAAACAAAAGAGACGAAAUGUUAAUCCAUCAAUAUAUCUAGCCGAUUCUUUGCAAAAUUUGCAGCCACUUGAGUCGAAAAAAGACCAAAAGGCGGUUUCUUUUUUUCGUUUCGUUUUCCUGGUUUUGUUUUUUGUUUUGUUUUGUUUUCUUUUUUUUUUCGCUCAAAGAGCGAUAAGGAGGAGAAGAAAAAAAAGCAAUGGUCACAGUCUUAGAUUCUAUAUUACUUUGGAGAUAUUAUUUUGGCUGAAGAAGAAACUGUCUGAGGGAAGAGGUCUAUUUAUAGGUAACGUUUUCAAAAAUUCGGCUAGAUAUAGAAAUGUGAAACUGAUAUAGAAUCAUUUUUCCCCUUUUUUCAUCCUUGUAUCAUUAGUAUUAUUUUAUCUUUUCAGGCCAGCUUCUGUGUAGAGAUUUUAAGAUCCAGGUGCUUCCUGCAGCCUUCUAUCUGAAUGAAAAUGUCAAUUUUAAGCAAAAUGCUUCAGGAAAAAUGAGCCGAGAAGGU